AUGAUGCUCAUAGAUCCAUAGAAUAAGCUACUUUAAACCUAGAUAAUGGAUUUGAUCAUGAAAAAGGAUCCAAGAAUCGUGGUUGCUAAGGAUUACAAUUACUCAUGCACGAAAUUGUAAUAUAAGGAGGAUGGUAAAUUGUUUCUAUCGUUUACCUGUUUUAAUUACAAUGAGAUAUUCAGCAUCGCAGGUAACUACAUGAUUGAGAAAUACUAUAAGGAUUACACAAAGGAGGCUGCAGAUGUAGGAUUUCAUUUGACAUUCUCAUUUGAUGCCCAAUCAGCCAAAGAGGAACCCAAGAUUCCUAAGAAUGCAACAGAGGCAGAAAAGGCUGAACUUUAAGAGCUAAAAUAGCAGAUACGAGCAGAGAAUCAGAAAUUGUUUGAGAAGGUCACAAAGGAUUUCUCAUAGAUAAGAAGAAACUUCUAUGCAGCUGCAUUUGAGUGA